AUGCUAAAUCUGCGGCAACCGGCCUCCGUAUCCUACCGGGGGCGAGACGACUGCCCCACGCUUUGCAGUGUUACUGGGCCUGAUCCGGGCAGUUGGCCGGCUUACCACAGCCUGAGCCAGGUGGCGCGCUGCAAGGAGACGGUUUUCUACCACUUCUCCAUCUAUGACGAUGUGGAUGACGGCAGCUCGGGACAUCGCAUCUACGCCUGUACGUCGUACGGUGCACAUGCGCCUCAGAAGCCUGGUGCGAAUAUGAACCAGAUGAAUGCGAACGCGAAUCCAACGCACACGCCGACCAACGUCACAUUUGAGUUGGGCGGCUGGAAUGAGACGGCUCCCCAUCGUGGCGUCGACCUGCGCAGUCUGUCCAAGUCGGUACGGCGCGCUCUGGCAGCCGGCUAUACAUCGGACGACAAGCAGUCGUUGGUGCUGUUUGUGCAAACCGUCACUGGCACUGCCGGCGUCUACCUCGGCAAGAACGUCAACAUCCAGUCCACGGCGCCAGAUGCACUAAUUGCUUUCGAGAAUGCGCUGUACGCUUCCAACAACACGGGCGGCAGCAAGGCCAUACAGCUGUGCGGGCACGACUACGACGGCGACCACGUCGUUGGCUUCAUCGCUACGAGCAACACAUCUUUCACCCCCGUACAGCAGGCGAUUCGGUCAUGGAAGAACGCUACUUGCCUGUCUUUCGACACGGUGCGGAACAUACCCGGGACAGUCGAUUUCACGACGCCGUUGGUGUUACCGUCUAACGCAACGAUCAAGGGGACCGACAGGAGCAACUCAACCUACAGCGCCAGCACAGCCUUGCGGGCGAUUCGCGGCACCAACCUACAGACCCGCGCCGACUGUAGAACCAUCCAGGUGGCCUCGGGUGACAGCUGCGCGAAGUUGGCGACCAAGUGCGGCAUCUCGCCCAGCGAUUUUACAAAGUACAACCCGGAUUCAAAGCUUUGCUCCUCGCUGAUGCCCCUACAGCACGUGUGCUGCUCGUCCGGUACGAUGCCCGACUUCACGCCCAAGAAAAACAGCGACGGAUCGUGCGCAUCAUACGCCGUUGUACAGGACGAUACGUGUUCGGCCAUCGCGGCCGCCAAUAGCCUGACAGUCGACAAGAUCGAGAGUUUCAACAAACAGACGUGGGGAUGGAGCGGCUGCAGUCGACUGAUGGCCCAGGCAGUCAUCUGCCUCAGUGACGGUACGCCGCCCAUGCCGGCCCCGCUGGCCAAUGCUGUGUGCGGACCGCAGAAGCCCGGUACUAAGAAGCCCAAUAAUAUGGAUGAUAUACAAAAGCUCAAUCCAUGCCCGCUCAACGCCUGUUGCGAUGUCUGGGGCCAGUGCGGCAUUACGGCCGAGUUUUGCACUGAUACAAAUACGGGCGCCCCCGGCACGGCCAAGCCAAACACCAAUGGCUGCAUCUACAAUUGCGGUACUAACGUGGUUAAGGGUAAGGCGCCCGCUCAGUGGAUCAGUCUGGGCUACUAUGAAGGCUACAGCUUGGGCGGCCGCAAUUGCCUAUAUCAGGACGUGCGGCAGAUCGAUACUACCAAGUUCUCUCACAUACACUUUGCCUUCGGUGACAUUACCCCGGACUUCAAGGUAUCAGCGGGCGAUGUUAUCAGUACGUACGAAUUCGAAGCCUUCCGAAGUAUGACCAACGUCCACCGCGUGAUAUCCUUCGGUGGCUGGGCCUUCUCGACAGGGGCCGCUACUUACAACAUCUUCCGGACUGGCGUUACAGCCGCUAAUCGCAUGACCCUCGCAACCAAUAUUGCCAACUUCGUCAAAGAUAAAGGCCUGGACGGCGUGGAUAUCGACUGGGAAUACCCUGGCGAACCUGACAUCCCGGGUCCUCCACCGGGCGCCGAUGACGAAGGCACCAACUACCUCGCCUUCCUGGUUGUGCUGAAGAACCUGUUGCCCGGUAAGACCGUGUCUAUCGCCGCACCGGCAUCUUACUGGUACCUCAAACAAUUUCCCAUCGCUCGAAUCUCCAAGGUGGUCGACUACAUUGUGUUUAUGACGUACGAUCUACACGGCCAGUGGGACUACGGCAAUAAGUGGGCGCAAGAAGGCUGUGCGAACGGCAAUUGCCUGCGUAGCCACGUCAACUUGACCGAGACAAAGACGGCUCUAGCUAUGAUCACCAAGGCCGGUGUGGACUCGGGCAAGGUCGUCGUCGGUGUCAGCAGCUAUGGCCGCUCCUUCAACAUGGCUGAGGCCGGCUGCUACAGCAAGGAUUGCUUCUUUACCGGCUCGGCGACGGCAUCCGACGCCUCGAAGGGUCCCUGUACCGAUACAGCGGGCUACAUCUCGAACGCCGAGAUCAACGACAUCAUCGUGAACAACGCCAGCCGCGUCAACCAGAACUUCAUCGACAGCACUAGCAACAGCCGCAUCGUCGUCUACGAUAAUAACCAGUGGGUCGCCUUUAUGGAUGACAGCAUCCGUACCGCCCGUACCGCAAUCUACAAGGGGCUCGGCAUGGGUGGUACCACCAACUGGGCCACCGACCUGGAGAAGUAUCACGACGCGCCCUCAAUGAGCAAGGACUGGAGCGCCUUUAGGCUCAGCAUCAAGAGAGGCGACAACCCCUACGCUGAGGGCGACCGCCACGGCAACUGGACCGACCUUAAAUGCACCGACCCGGCGAUACAGAAUGCCGCUCACAUACCCCCUCAAGAGCGAUGGAACAUGUUGGACGGAUCCGACGCCUGGAAGGAUGUCAUGGAAGUGUGGCGUCUCUACACCAUCCACGGGCCUGAAUCGGCCGACUGCGGCUCGCUGGCCGCGCUCAAUAACUGCGAGCAGACCCUGCAGUGCACCAGCAACUUUGAGAGCGGCGGUUCUGGCGCCGUUGCAUAUGAGAUCUGGAACUCUAUGGUCAUCAUCCAUGAGGCACGUAAGAAGCGGAAAGCUUGGAUGUACGCCACCUAUGUCACUGCCCUGUACCAGGCCGCUGCAACAGCACUAGACCCGGCACUUAAGGACUUUGAGAACCAGUUUGCUCCCAUUCCAAAGAAAUUUGACGACACGUGGCUUGGGAUUCUCCUAGCGUGCGUGAGUCUAGUGGGUACCGUAGGCGUGUCCGGCUUCUUCAACACGGUUCUCAAGUCCAUGCCGUACUGGAGAGCCAACUCGGUCUCAUAUGACAACUGGAAGGACACGGCUAAGGCGCUUGUUUCCUUUGGCACCUCAAUUGCCGGAACCCUUACGGGCAAAGACGACAAAAAUGGUGCUUGGACUCCCGAGAAGCAAGACGCCUUCUCGGAUUACAUGGGUAACGCAGUCAGCGCAUGGGACAAGGUCACUGAAAUGUCGCUCAAGCAGCUAUUCAACGGCGAACCCGAGAACGUAGAACUGCUGACGAGCUUGAUUGCGAACGGUCAUUUCGUUGAUGGCUCCGUCGGCGGUGGUCUCUCCAGCCCUGGGGAUGCCCUUGACACAUCGCACGACUCUCCCAUGAUGGUGGAUGUGAGGGCCAGCAUUUCCAAGGCCUUCUUUGCCUUCGCCAUCCCGAGCAUUUGGUCCGUCUCGGGCACGACGGCCUCAUGA